AGACUCAGCUUAACCAAGAAGUUCAUAGGCUGAUCAACGCUGGCCUGACCUACAACAGAAGAGGGAGUUCUGCCUGCCCAAUUGGGCCCCUGGUGACCGCUAACAACUUGGCAUCACUUGUUGCCUGUGUGGAGAACUCUCCCUACUGAAAUUGUUUUGCACAUGGAGGACAAUAGCAAAGUGGGCAACACAGGCUGACAAGACCAGAGACCACAGGAAGAUUCUUUUACCUUGGGCCUUCGAGACUUUUCCUCUAGUUGGAGUUCUGGACUUCACAGAACCCCACCCAGUCAUUUUGGUUUUGCUAUCUAUUUUUUUGUUCUUUUUCUUUUCCCCACCACCUUGUAUUUUAUUUUUGUGCUUCAGAAAUGGGCCUACAGACUACGCAGUGGCCCAGCCAUGGGGCUUUUUUCCUGAAAUCUUGGCUUCUCAUUUCCCUGGGGCUCUACUCACAAGUGUCAGAAAUCCUGGCAUGCCCUAGCGUGUGCCGCUGUGACAGGAACUUUGUCUACUGUAAUGAGCGAAGCUUGACCUCAGUGCCUCUUGGGAUCCCGGAGGGCGUAACCGUACUCUACCUCCACAACAACCAAAUUAAUAAUGCUGGAUUUCCUGCAGAACUGCACAACGUACAGUCAGUGCACACGGUCUACCUUUAUGGCAACCAACUGGAUGAAUUCCCCAUGAACCUUCCCAAGAAUGUCAGAGUUCUCCAUCUGCAGGAAAACAAUAUUCAGACCAUAUCACGGGCGGCUCUUGCCCAGCUCUUGAAGCUCGAAGAGCUACACCUGGAUGACAAUUCUAUAUCCACAGUAGGGGUGGAAGAUGGGGCCUUCCGGGAGGCUAUUAGUCUGAAAUUGUUGUUUCUAUCCAAGAAUCACCUGAGCAGUGUGCCUGUUGGGCUUCCUGUGGACUUGCAAGAGCUGAGAGUGGACGAAAAUCGAAUUGCUGUCAUAUCAGACAUGGCCUUUCAGAACCUCACGAGCUUGGAGCGUCUGAUCGUGGACGGGAAUCUCCUGACCAACAAGGGCAUUGCCGAGGGCACCUUCAGCCAUCUCACCAAGCUCAAGGAAUUUUCAAUUGUACGGAAUUCGCUCUCCCACCCCCCUCCUGAUCUCCCAGGUACACAUCUGAUCAGGCUCUAUCUGCAGGACAACCAGAUAAACCACAUCCCUUUGACAGCCUUCUCAAAUCUCCGUAAGCUGGAGCGACUGGAUAUAUCCAACAACCAACUGCGCAUGUUGACUCAAGGGGUUUUUGAUAAUCUCUCCAACCUGAAGCAGCUCACUGCUCGGAAUAACCCUUGGUUUUGUGACUGCGGUAUUAAAUGGGUCACGGAAUGGCUCAAAUAUAUCCCUUCGUCUCUCAACGUGCGGGGUUUCAUGUGCCAAGGUCCUGAACAAGUCCGCGGGAUGGCUGUCAGGGAGUUGAAUAUGAAUCUCUUGUCAUGUCCCACCACGACCCCCGGCCUGCCUCUCUUCACCCCAGCCCCAAGUACAGCUUCUCCCACAACUCAGCCUCCCACACUCUCUGCCCCAAGCCCUAGUAGAAGCUAUACACCUCUUACUCCUACUGCAUCGAAACUUCCCACGAUUCCUGACUGGGAUGGCAGAGAAAGAGUGACCCCGCCUAUCUCUGAACGGAUCCAACUCUCCAUCCAUUUUGUGAAUGACACUUCCAUUCAAGUCAGCUGGCUCUCUCUCUUUACUGUGAUGGCCUACAAACUCACGUGGGUGAAAAUGGGCCACAGUUUAGUCGGGGGCAUUGUUCAGGAACGCAUAGUCAGUGGUGAGAAGCAACAUUUGAGCCUGGUUAAUUUGGAGCCCAGAUCCACCUAUCGGAUUUGUUUAGUGCCACUGGAUGCUUUUAACUACCGAGCUGUAGAAGACACCAUUUGUUCUGAGGCCACCACCCAUGCUUCUUAUGUGAACAAUGGCAGUAACACUGCUUCCAGCCAUGAGCAGACAACAUCCCACAGCAUGGGCUCCCCUUUUCUGCUGGCGGGCCUGAUCGGGGGCGCGGUGAUAUUUGUGCUGGUGGUCUUGCUCAGUGUCUUCUGCUGGCACAUGCACAAAAAGGGGCGCUACACCUCGCAGAAGUGGAAAUACAACCGAGGCCGGCGGAAAGAUGACUAUUGCGAGGCAGGCACCAAGAAGGACAAUUCCAUCCUGGAGAUGACGGAAACCAGCUUUCAGAUUGUCUCCUUAAAUAACGAUCAGCUCCUUAAAGGAGAUUUCAGACUGCAGCCCAUUUACACCCCAAAUGGGGGCAUUAAUUACACAGACUGCCAUAUCCCCAACAACAUGCGAUACUGCAACAGCAGUGUGCCAGACCUGGAGCACUGCCAUACGUGACAGCCAGAGGUCCAGCGUUAGAAAGGCGGACAAUAAAACUCUUGGGAACACACACGUGUGUGCACAUAAAGACGCGCAAAUUACAUUUGAUAAAUGUUACACGGAUGCAUUUGUGCAUUUGAAUACUCUGUAAUUUAUACGGUGUACUAUAUAAUGGGAUUUAAAAAAAGUGCUAUCUUUUCUAUUUCAAGUUAAUUACAAACAGUUUUGUAACUCUUUGCUUUUUAAAUCUUAAAAAAAAAAAAUAGUUGCUGAAGUACUGUACAGGGUUGUACAAUGAGAACCCAACGCCAAGGGAAAAGAACGAGUGAUUCUUUCUCAUGAUGCUCAUUAACCACUUUGCUGUUGAAGCUGUCAGAAUAAAUUCCUUUCUUAGAGUAGGUGGUCAGAUGAAAGGGCAGAUUAAAAUGGACUCGUCAGGGGAGGAUAAAUAAUAUGGGUAAAACAAGAAAUGUCUCAGAUAUCUUCAUGCUGUUUCUGUACUUCCUAGUCUGGAAGAAGAGUUAAAAAUUCCGAAAUAAUAAGAAAGGAGGUAGUUACCCUGGUUUGACCCAAAACAAGAAAUGUAGAAAGCAUCACAAGGGAGUGAGUUCCCGUAAGACGAGUUAAGCCAACCUGGCAGAAUGAAGAAAAUGAGAUGAAUUUGAAGAGACCUUCCAACCCCAGAGUUGGCUUUCUGAUGGGGAACUUAAAAAUCACUCCUCAUGCCUCCCAGACCCUAUGUGAUAACAGAGUUAGAGACCUAAGUCUGAUUGCAGUCAUCUUCGGGGACAGCUAUGAUGUCCCAGCAAGGAAACUCCCUUUAAAAAGUGUUACUAUUCAAAUUAUAUGUCAGGUUGAAUCACAUUCAACAGAGAUAUAUUCUAGAAUACUUUUUUUAGAAGAGGCUAAUAAAAUAGGAAGAAUUAUAUUGAAUGGAAUUAUUUUUGAUAAUGAGAAUUAUUUGGGUAGAUUCACUGCAGCUAUGUCAACAUGAUAUUUAGACCAACAAGGGAUCAAUAUUUGGAAUAUUCUAGACUUGUUACUUAAAAAUUAUUGAUGCCAUGUAGACAAAAGCAAGUGAUCAGUGGUUCUGCUCUACUAUAUCAAUGGACUUUGUUAGUAUCAUGUUGAAAUAGCUUGAAUUAAUACCUUUAUCCCCUUGCAAAUUCUUGUCUUCCAAUCACCUCAUGUAUAUUUUCGUAAUUAGCUGUUGAUGCUACAUUUGUUUUUUUCCCCGUCUGCUCAAAAUUUGAAAGAAAAUUAUAGAUGCCAGUCUUGAUUGCACAAAAUAUCCAUAUACACUUAUACACUUUAAGAUGUAUGCUAAUAUUCACUGCUAAUAAUUCUGGAAGGACACAUCAAAGCUGGCCAACAUAAUGUAUUUUUUUUUAAAGCAAUACUGAGUUUCCACCUUGGACUGACUUUGAUCCUGUGCCAUUUUUGAAAUUUCAUUUAUUCCUUUUCAAUCUUGGAUGUUCCUCUUCUUUGGGAAUUGUGGAGGGAUAAUCAAUCUUAUAUUAACAGGAUAACAGAUGAGAAAUGAACAAGUCAGAGAGUAAAGGCUUGUUCCCAUAAUCUUGGCAGAGCAGGGAAUAGAGCAGAGGGCAUAGAGAAGAGAGGGAUGUCCGGGCUUAUUUCUAGAUGUUUUUGAAGCAUUGUCCAUCCUCAGAAAGCAUGUAUAAUUUACUCCUUUCCAUCCCUUAGAUGUAGAAGGGCUAUCGAUCACAUACAUUAUCUAAAAAAUACACCUUUUGAAAAUUCUUUUUAAAAUCAAAUUUAGGCAUUUCACUCUGUGUGCGUAUUUCCUUUACUACUAGCCAUUAUUUUCGGAACCCGUGAAGUUAAUGUCACAAUCGUUUUGCUUUCUCUCUCUCUCUCACUUUUAACAAAAUAGAACUGUGAUGUGUCUUCUUUGUAAAAGUUUAGGUAUAAAAUGCUAUGCAAGUUUUUCUUUAUAGAAAGAGCUUUAUUUUCUUUAAUAAUAUACCCCAACUUAUAUGUUUUAAUCUCCCUUGUCCCUCAGAGUAAGCAGAAAAUAUAACUGAAGCUAUAAUCUUGUAAACACAAGAAUCGAAACUGCAGUCAGUCGAGCUGAAAUUAGCUAUGAAUUAAUUUGAAUUAAUUCUAAAGUGACUUUGGUUUCCAUUUUAGUCUCUUAGCUAGCAAGUUUUGGCUGUUGCUUUGUUAAAACUGGAUCCACACGGUGAAGGGAUAAGGCAAUCUGUGAAGGUGAUCAGUGUAGCAGUAAGCCAUCUGAAAUUCAGGACAAGGACAUGGGGUUUUGUGUAUUUAACUGGAUAAUUCCCUUCCACUAUCCUCUUCCCCUUGGCUGUGUAGAUAAAACUAGGUGUUCAAAUGA